UAGUGCCGCCGCUGCUUAUCCGUGUACCGGCACAGCCUUCGAUCGUCUUGAACGUACCACGUCGACAGAAACCCUGGGUAGCUGUGUCUGCUGUUGGUCAGCGGGCUCUGUGUUUUGGCCCCAGAGUGCGUGUCGUGAACGAAAAAGCGAGCAAACCCCCUUAGGGCCCCAGCUGUGUGUGCAGCCGAUGUUGGCAGUGAAUGGAGUACGGCGAGGAAACGCUGCUUCGGACUCGUCGGUGAACAAAGUUCUAGCUCGCUAACCUUACCGGUACCCCAUUGUUGUCGGUUGCAAGCCUUAUUUAGCUACAAGUCUCACAUUUAACCUGGGCGAUGCUCAACAACAGUGCGAUCAACAAACUGCAUUAGCAGCUCCCGUCCGAAGCAAGCGAAAGCAUCUGAUCGGCCGCAAGAUCUCCGCAGGCCGUAAUGGCAAGAUCUACGGCUGGAUAUGGAUGCGUCCCGGGAAAACAACAAACACAGCCUUGCAUUUAAAUAGGUUGACUGUCUGCUUGACUGAAGCAACACAGCGAUCUCUUCGAACAAAACUGGCUCAAUUACCUAAUUGGCAAUUGAUGUUUCUAUCACGGAACGAAAGGGCUGUUUGCAUUUGUAUAUGUAACGCGAAUGUGAGUGGUAAAUGUGGUUUUUCCGCAAGGGGGCUAAAGGUGAAUGCUCGCAGAUUCGUGCGUGAUUGACCUACGUUCAAUUGACAUCGCUUGGGGUCUGCGUGCGUAAGGCAAGUUGACAAUGUGCGUCACCGAUUAAUGGAACGCGACAUCAUUCAGACAAAGAUCUAAAUGCUCCUCGGGAACGAGGCAUGUAAACGCCGCGGCUGCUACAGUGGUCUACAACGACUUCAACAUUUACUAUGAUUUUACGAUCCGGAAAACAGCAAUUGGUGAAUAGUAGAUUGGUUAUCGGGAUGAACGGACGCAAAAAGGAUCGUGGCUGACUAACAACAGCGCAGUAAUCUUAGUAGAACGAGCACACAACCCGAUUUUGAUUGGUUCAAUGGUGACAUUUGUGCCAAGGCAUCGCUCUAUUGCCCCUCACAGUGUGUUGUUUCUCGCUAUGAAACAGGCUGCGAAAUAGGCGGAAGUGUGAAGCUGUGAAAAUAACGCUAAAGUGGGAGGCAACAAAAAGUUCUCUCCAAUUCUGUCAUCCAGACAGUAAACAUGACGAAAGCUGUCAAGGAUGAAAAGAAAAAGAGCCGUGGAUCGGAAACGGUGGUUUUCUGUGUUUGCCGAUUAAACCGUGUAGGCAGUAGACAAGGGCUGACUUAAAUGCACGAUGUAGAAACGUAGAAAAAAAGGUUUUUCUAAAUACAGCUAAGUAAGGAUGACAAACUUAAAGUCUCUACAGGUAUAGGAGAACUGGCAGGUACAAGCGACAGAAGCCAAACUACUCUGUGUCAUUGGGAUAUUAUUUUGAGAAUAAGCUAAAACUCGGAUAACUAACGCUAAGUACAUUUUGAAGUUGUUAACUACGAAAUGGUAUUCUAGCUGUUUUACUUGGACAUAAGCACCAGUAAAAGUCCAUUGCAACUAGAUUUUCUAAUAAUAUUUACCAGCCAAGAGUGACCUAAGUGUUUUUCCAGUUCUGCGCACAUAUUUGCAGGGUGUCUGUAUUGUCACUAAAAAGGCAGCUUUAAAAAUUCUCUAUUCGCGGGACCGUUUAGUCGUCAGUAAUCAAAUAGUAGUCAUAAUUUAUGGUAAAAAUGUGAAUUCCUUGUAAGUUUCCGAGACCCACAAGCAUCCUGCUUAAGCAGCUGCUAUUCAUUAAUUAUAAUAGCGCACCUGAUAAAGUAACCAUUAAAAAUUGCAGCUACUAAAAAAAUCCAGAAUCCAUCAUUUUAUGCAAUAUAUUUAAUGUACGGCUAAUGAGAGCCCACUAUUUAAUGCAACAGUCGUUUCUUUUUAAUAAAAAUUCAUAUAGCUUACUCACUAAAAGCUUAUAAGGAGCAGCGCAGAGUGGUUUCUACUUUCUUUAAAAUAAAAAAAAAGACCACUUGAAGUAUUAAAAGAUUAAAAAAGUCCUAUAGAAUCGUAAGGUUUGAUAUGGAAUUCAUAAUUUAGUUAGUCCUUAAGGCGCCAGUUUGAAUUAGUAGAACACAAUUUACGUAAUUUUGCCUUCUGUUUUACCAGUAAAUUGUGCCGAAAUGACCAUUAGAGUUGUAUAAGUGCUAAACAGAAAUGGGCUUUGUCGGCAUUGUUUGUUGUUUCGUAGUAAAACGCGUAGUAAAACGGAUUUUCUCUAUAAUGACAGUGUAAAAAAGUUCGCUGCGCGUUGCUGUGCUGACCGUCUCUUGUCGGGUCUCGUAGCCUUUUAAUAGCUCCACAUGCGUAGCUCCGGUGCACAUCCCGCGCUUCAUGGGUUUGAAUUAUUAUAAUUAAUUCCAUAUUUAAAAAGCAAAACAUACAGAAUUAACUAUUAAUUACACGAAGUUCUUUAAAAUAGAAGUACCUAUGGUACAUUAGUAGACUACAGUAAACUCAAUAAAAUAAAGGAAUAUUGGAAACAGCUCAUCCUUUGGCUGAAAUGCGCUAUUUAGUUUUUGCACGUGCAACGUGCAUGUAGCUGUGUCUUAAGUCAGUCGGUCUGUAAAUACACAAUACCUGAUAUCGAAACUGUGGAAAGAUGUUGAGCCUAGUGAGUUUUAUAGUUAUUAAAUACACUGCCGGCUUCUUGGUGAUUUAACAAAGCAAAGCCUUAAAUUUACGGCAUUCAAUCUCAAGGAUUAAGUUCUGUUCUACAACGGGAACAGUGAGUUCAUCUAUUGAUUUACGUUUUACAAAGUAUUAUCGUGUACCUCUUUUGGUAGGACAUCGCUUAAAACCCCUAUGAGCGCUUCAUCAACGGGAUCGCCACGAUAAAGAUCUCAAGAAAGGUUCAUCAAGGUUAUUGUUGCUAAGUCACGGCCACCCAGGGCGACGGUCAUUCAGGAGCCUUUCCAAAGCAUCACCUUAAGACGCGCCAGUUAGUGUCCUUGACCCCGCGGCAAGUAUAGUCAAGAUACAACACGCUUGCGUUUUCAUCACGUAUAAUUCUUUAUGCAAGAUAGUACUGUAAUUAAGUACAACAUUUGUUAAUACGAAGUUCCAGAUCCAGCAUAUAGGACACUUCGACUAGAACUGAGUCGUUUUCCCAAAUAAAAAUAUAUAAAUCAAUGCAAUGACAAUUUAAUAAGUAGUUCAUAAUUUCAAUUAAUUAUUGGUUUUUGGCAAGAAGGUUUUUAACUUUACGCGUUUAACGGGUUGGCUGAACGGUACAGGCACCACUACUAUUAAAACGAGGAAAGCGUUCGAAAAAAACUCGUUUUACGGAAGUAAAAAAUGCAGCUUUAAAAUACAUUAGAAAUAAUACACAUAUUUUCAUUUUUACGCAGAAUAUCAUCGUACCUUUAAAUAAUAAAAACAGGUUUUUCUGGAAACCCUUAACUUUUAAAUUAGAAUCCGGAGCUAAAAUUCAAUUACAUAUAUCAUAUAGUUUAAUAUGAAGAAAAAGCUAUAGGGAUUAAACCAGAUCAGUCUACAUUUCAGGUAGCACUUUUAGGUAACUUUAGGUGAAGUUGUAGUGGUCCAUCGUGAUAAAUUAAAUAAAAUCCCAAAAUUUUCUGGUGAUAAUUAAUAAUUGAGAGAUAAUUAACUUUCCGAUAUAUCUGAUCACAAGAAAGGUGACCUUUCAAAUAUCGAGAAGUUUAACAAAUUGAAAGAUGCUGUCCGACCUUCUGUAAGUAAUGAAAUUCAUCACCUCAAUUUCUCAGACGAGCAACACGAAAGCGCUGUCAAUAUGACAAGAAAAAAGAUACAGGAAAUCAGAGUUGCAACACAUUAAGGAUAUCGAAAAAUGUGCAGUAUGAGACCUCUUCUGAGAUUUAAUAAUUUCGUGUCGAGAUGUUCCUAAAACAUCAUAUCCUUAGAGCCACCGAAAAUCAAAACAGAAACAUUACCAAUUUUUUUAGCUUGAGUAUUUACUGUGCGGCAUGAAGAUUCAAUUUGUCGUAGUUUUAGAGAGAAACCGCAAUUAAAAUAUUAUAACAAGUCCAAACUGAAAGGUUAUUAUUUUGAUGAUUAUUUUGAAAUGGAGAAGCGUAGUGGCCGAGUGAACAGAUUAGUUGAUAUGGGCCGUAUUUGACACACUAAGCUUCAUUGCCAGCCUCCGAUUUCAAAUUUCAUAAUACCUGUUUGAAGUAAGAACUUCAAUAGUAGUAUGCAGAAACCGAACAGAGAUUACAUAUUCUAACUUGACACUUCGGCAGUGGAUCACCGAUUGAUGCAUUUUUUGCGAAGACAAGCAUCACAGCGCGAAAUGCAGCGAAUCAUUAUCAUCACAUUAAAAAACGAUGUAUGACAACCGGAGAAAAUGCUUGCCUUCGAAAGAAACCACUAGGUAGAUAGAUUCCAAUCAAAAACGGCCAUUAUUUAUUAUUUCACUCAAAAUCCGUAACUAGCGCGAAAAAUCUGGAGCAUAUAAAAGAGAAUUAUUAUUCUAGACACUGGGCCAGUACGAAAUUAUAUAUCAAAAGAUUCAGUGAAACUUAUGAAGCUCAAUCCCAUCGGAGGAAAAAAUUUUUCUGACCAAAAUGAAAAAUUACCAAAUUUACGAGAUUAGCUUACAGAAUAUCUACCUUAUAUUCCAUCACGACUUGAUGUGCCAAACUUUGUCAUAUCGCAAAAUGCACGCUUCCGUCUGUGGGUGAAACAUAUGGUUUGGAAUCGAUUUCAGAUAAAUGCGACUAAUCUUGCUCGAAAGCGGUCGAAUUUCUGAUCGGAUCGGACUAUCUAGUUCGUGUUGAUACAAAUAAAGGACGAUCGAAAUGUAGCGGCGCGCGGCUGCAUUUCACAGCACGGUGGCGGCAUGCCUGGAGCGUCGUCGCCCGCGACGGCGUCAGGCGACGUGACGCCUCCAGGUGGCGGCCAGGGUAGUGGGGGUAGCGGCCUCGUAGGAACAGGUGGAGAUGGAGUGCGUGCCGCUGCAGCUGCUUCGGCGGUUGCUACGCCGGUGGGAAAACCCGGAUCAUUAAAAGAUCCCCAAGUGGCGGAACUCUUCGACCGCCAGGAUCCAGAUAAGGUCUUCAUUGAUCUACGUGAAAUCGGCCAUGGCAGCUUUGGUGCAGUCUACUAUGCUCGGAAUUCCAUCACGAAUGAAGUGGUCGCCAUUAAGAAAAUGACCUUCUCUGGCAAACAGAGUGCAGAGAAGUGGCAAGACAUCUUGAAGGAAGUUCGUUUUUUGUGUCAGUUGAAACAUGAGAAUACGAUUGAUUAUCGAGGCUGCUACCUCAAGGAGCAUACGGCAUGGCUUGUCAUGGAAUACUGUCUGGGCUCCGCGUCCGACAUCAUUGAGGUGCACAAAAAGCCCCUGAAAGAAGAAGAGAUUGCAGCCAUUUGUCAAGAUGCCCUUCAGGGGUUAGACUAUUUGCAUUCUGCGGGGCGCAUUCACCGAGAUGUAAAGGCAGGCAACAUCCUCCUUACUGAAGCGGGUCGAGUAAAACUAGCCGAUUUCGGAUCGGCGUCGAUGGCGUGUCCAGCCAAUUCGUUUGUCGGAACGCCGUACUGGAUGGCUCCGGAAGUUAUCCUUGCUAUGGACGAAGGACAAUAUGAUGGUAAGGUUGAUGUAUGGAGUUUAGGCAUCACGUGUAUCGAGUUGGCGGAACGGAAACCACCCUAUUUCAAUAUGAACGCCAUGUCAGCGUUGUACCACAUAGCUCAGAAUGAUAGUCCUCAACUUUCGACGGCUAUAGAAUGGUCGCCCGAAUUUCGCGAAUACGUCGCCGAAUGUCUCCGGAAGGAACCUCAACAACGGCCAACAACUGCCACUCUUCUUAAGCAUCCGUUUGUAACACGAACAAGGCCAGCUCGAGUGUUAGUCGAAUUAAUACUUCGAACAAAAGCGGCGGUUCGAGAAUUAGAUAACAUCAACUAUAGGAAAAUGAAAAAGAUCCUCAUGGUUGACGGAACCGGAGGCGAAAGCAAUGGAGACAAUGGUAACGUUGCUGGAGGUAACGAACCCUGCCAGUCCGGCCUGACGCAUGAUGAGGAUAGCGCUGUAAGCGAAGAUGGCGACGCAUCGAAGAGCAACAGCUUGACAUCGACCCAAAGCAGCAACGUAUCAGCGGGCUCCUGUGUUGGCCAGAGUGGUCAUCGUCAAAGCGCGAGCAACUCGUCGUCGGCUAGCGUAGGCAGCGUCGCCGAAACCGCUCCUAGCCACAGUCCGCUCAGCUGUCGACGAGACUCGAAAGGCUCACUCGUCGGUACGGUGAAUAGACAAGACAACUUCGCCACGAUUCGGACGACGUCUAUCGUCACGCGACAGAUUAAAGAACAUCAAGAACAGGAGAGUGAGCUACAAAUGCGUGGAUAUAAACGGAUGCAGGAUCAGCAUCAUAAAGCCCUAGUCGCCCUUGAAGCCAAGUGCCUUCAGGAGAUGGACGAGCACAAGGUUCGCCUCGACAAAGAGUACGAAACUUUACUGUUGACGUUUGCUAAGGAGCUGGAAAAGCUGCAGCUGAAACAGCAACAGGAACUCGAAAAGAAACUUAAGAGCAAUGUGGCCAAUGAGAAGCGUCUAAUUAAGGCUAUUCAAGCAAAGCAGGACGAGGAGACGAAAAAGUUUCAACAACUGCAAAAGUCAGCCUACAAAAGUGAGAAGGAACGCUACAAACAGCGAUACGACGGCGAGGAGCUCAAGGUCCAUAAAGCGGGUUUGCAUGAAAGUCAGAAUCAGGAACUCACACGGCUAACUAUCACUCAAGCGGGCGCACUGAAACGGGAAGUCAGAUGUUACCGACGAAGGCGGCUGGUGUUGGCGCACUUUCUUGAGCAGGAGCAGCUUCGCGCCGAGCUGGAACGGCGAGAAAGUCAAUUAGAGCAGGCUCACUCGAUUUUGCUUCGUCACCACGACGCGACUCAGCGUCUCGAGCUAGCGCAGCAGAGGGCCGUUCACCAGUUGCGGAGCGACCACCUCCGGAGACAGCAUGAAACCGAGAUGAGUUUACAAAAACAGUACAGUACGAGACGAGAACACGAACUGCACAAGAAACACGCUGCCGAGGUCAAACAACAACCCAAGAGUCUGCGCCAAAAUGAGCUGCAGAUCCGGAAACAGUUCCGCGAAGCAUGCAAGGUUCAAACACGUCAGUACAAGGCUUGGAAGAGUCAGUUAAUGGCGAGUACGCCACGCGAGCGACACAAAGAGCUCGUUAAGCGGCUUAAGGACGAGCAAGUUCGCAAGCUGGCCCUUUUGGGCGAGCAAUACGAACAGAGCAUCUCGGAGAUGCUGCAAAAACAGUCAAUUCGUCUAGAUGAAUCGCAGUCGGCCGAACUGCACCAGCUUCAGCAGGAUCUUCAAAUGGAGCAGGAGCUAUUGCUAGCGUUCCAGUCGAAAAAAAAAAUUAUGGCAGAGAGUCAACGCAACAAGGAGCGCCAAGAGCUUGAAGAUAGGAUACAUAACCGUCUGCGAACCAUUCAGGCCAAGAUGGAUAACGAACGAAGACAGUUUGCGUCGGAACGGCUGUCCCGCCAACAGUUACUUGCCAAGCGGCAGAUGGCGGAUUUGGAAAAGUUCGAUCUUGAGAGCAAUCAGAUGGGUUUUUCGCUAGCCGAGAUUUUGGCAGCCGAAGAAUCCGGCGGUUUGGUCGGCGCACAAUCGCUCUCAGGCAGCCUACUCAGCUUGGCCCACUCGAAUUCCACCACGUCAUUUGGUCAGGGCCCCGAUACGCCUCAACCGCCUGGCAACAAUCAUAACCACUCGACGCCGCUUUAACAAUAUAUAUAUAUAUAUAUAUAAUCUCGAGACUGAGAGAAAGAGACAGAAUGAAGCUAAAACGUAAUUAUAAUAGGCGAUGUCUAAUGGAAGAAGAUGACAAAACUAGCGCAGGCGUUCAUUUGAGCAACUAGAAGACGGUAAAUGAGCGGGCAACAGAAAGAAACAAACCAAGAACAGACUAUAACGCUUGCGAUCGAUUAUCAUUCAAGUUGCACCAACUGGAAUCUCUUUCUCAGUCGUAUACUCAACUAGCGUGGUGCUAUUUCACCGGCGCUUCACCGAUGUCAACAACAACGACCCAACAGAAAGCUCUCUGGAUUCAUCGGAAUUAACAACAUCGACACAGUGUGAUACUGCUGGAACGACUGCUCCCUCAUCUGACGACGAUCCGACCAUAACUGCAUCAUGCAACGCACAACGAUAACCAAUUAACAAAGAGCAAGAAUAGCGGCGACACGUUUAACAGCAAAAAAGCAGCGGCAAAUGCGCUGUAACCGAUAAGAGUCCGGUUAAUUGGAUUAUGAUUUUUUCAUUCUGAUUCAUCAUCGAUUACCUUUAGAAAAAAAAAAUGGAUUAUCUUUGUUCAAAGCAGCCACCAGCGAGAGAGAAAGGGGAAGAGACAAGGGUAAUAAGGCUAUUUUAAUAUUAACAUUGUGGCUUACGCGGUGUACUUGUUUUCUUCGCAUAUGUGCAAUGCUUGGCGAUUUUGUUGCGACACUGUUGUUCAGUUCGAUCUUCGAUCCAGUGUUUUGUUUACGGACGACUUUUAGAUUAAAACACAGCUACCUCCAUUGUUUACUUCCACCAUUGGGCAUGCUAUCAGUAAGACAACGCACAGCUAGAAGUUAAAAACUAUGGCGCUUGACACCGUUAAUAAUGCAUUAGAACUGCUUGGGAUACCCGCUUCGAAUUGAAAUCUUGGCAACACAAUCCAUCUCUCUCAGGGAGUAUCAUUUUUUGUCAAGAGUUAACCCGUAAUUGACACGCAUUUGAUCACGAUUGACGACGCAUCGCUGCUUGGGAUGUGCAUUUUGCAUCUUAAGCUACUAGAAUUUAAGACGGUAAGCUUUUUCUCUUAUUAAUCGGCUUGACAAGAUCUUCAGGAGGCCCGAUAGGAAUAACUAGCCACACAGACUCGUACACUUGCCCCGGCUUAGACUGGCUGCAAUUUCUGCCUAGCUUGAAGUAUCGGUGUCAAAAGACAGUAAGGCUUUAAUCAAUGUGAUUUCUAGCGAUCUGAAAGCGAUCGAAGUUAACAAUCGGUACUUCUAAAAGAAAAAAUGCACAGUUUACUGUGGUGCGUCGUGCGGAUGUGUUGUAAUACCCACGAUAAUGUACAAUUUAGUCUAGGUCCGUGCUGGUGAAAUAGUAGGAACAAUAACGCAAAGCAAACGGAAUACCUAUAAUGUUGUAAAUUGGCAGUAAGAAACAGAAGAACAAAGAAUCAGCUACACAAGUGCAAGAGUGCUGAAAGUUUCGAGUAAGUCAGCGUACCUUUUCCGUUAAUUAUUCUUCUAGCAAAAGAUGAUUAGAGGGCCGUGUGACAACCGAUGCCGUGAUCCCCAGACGAGCAUAGCUCGCCUAUGGUAUCUGCCGUAACCGCUGAUGAUGGUUGUAGCGAAACGUGUUCACAUGUCCGUACAGGUGAGCGUCAUGAAUGAUCGUGAGUGACGCAUUUUUAUGAACGUUUUUGUGUGGUAGCGUCUUCUCACAACUGGAGGCUUGAUGAUAAGAUCAAGCCACAACUUUGCGUGGUGACAGGAGCAGCGGCGUAGGUUUGUGCGUACAAAUUCGUACAAUACAAGACAUUCGAUUCCAUCUCAAACAAAGAACUCUUCGUAUCAGGUAUUUUACAUAAGAAACAGAGAGGUAGGGAGAAACGUUUGUUGGAAAGGGCAUAGUAAAUUUGUCAUCUAUGAGUUCUAGGUUUACACUAGCGUACGGUGUGCAACGGAAAAACGCGCUGGUUGUUACCAAAAAGCUCUGCUGUACAAUACCUCUGCCUUUUGAACACACAAGAAUAAAAUGAAAGCGUUGCUGUACAAAAGUUUUUAGAUACACAACAAUAAUAUUGUAUUCAUACGACAACGGACAGAGUACAAACAAGGCACGGCAGUACGGUUGCGAUGCGUCGUUGGCAUCCAUCCUGUCGCCGUCAUGUAUUUAAUAAUAGUAACAAAAUAAGGAUCAACGGUAAGAGGAUUAAGCGUCUUGGGGUAUUUACAUAACAGGAAGACAUUAGCUCGACUUAUUAGCCUGGUUCCAUGUCAAGGUGCACAUAACUCUCGGGGCGGCAGGACGUGUACGUGCCAUAGCUAACGUUUACUGGGCAUCACAAGUAAAAACGUUAUAAUGUAAAAAUAGGCGAAAUCAAAUAUGGGUCACAUGUUCGUAACAGAAUCAUAAAUGCAGCCUCAUGCUUAUGUCACUUUGGUGUGCAUAAUUUAUCCUGUUUAAAAUUUAUCCAAAAGAACGGAUCAUGAGGGACAAUUGUUUUAGCUUCGUGCAUACUACGAAAAAUAGAAGCACAAUCACAAUAAUGUCUAACUCAUUAUUAAGCCUUAGUACAAACGAACUCCAACUCGCUUGCUGUUUUAGAGAUAAUAGAAGUUUUUGUUUACUCAAAACAUGAUAAGGCAUAAUGCGCCGAUAUUCUCUAAAUUUAGGCGAAGCAAUGACUGUGCAUUAAAUGUUAAUGGCUGUAGAAUUAUUAAAUAACUAUGAAAAUUUGAUUUUUGAUAGCAAUCAAUAGUUCCGGAAUUUUAGAACUUUAAAUGUAGUUCUACAGGGCCUAAAUCGAUGGUGCUUGCCUUACCGUUAGCUUUGCUUCGAUGCCUCAGCUGGGCAGCCAACAAUCUAGAAAUAACGAUAAAUAACAAAAACAAACACAUAUUUUUGAAAUACGCAGCGACGCAGAAGUACUUGCGAGAAGCGAUCGUAAUAAUAACAAUAAUAUAGCCACUUAUAAUGCUAAUUAACUGAUGUAUAAUUAGAUUGAUUGUCAUUCAGUUCGUUCCGUUGUGUAAGCGAAUUUUACUUUGAAGUAAAGCUGGUAGCUUAUAGUCUUCAUAAAAAAUCUCUGAGAUCAUAGACUAUAAACUGGGGCACCUUAUUAAAAAUGAAGAAAAGUUGUUUCGAAAAGUUACUUUCGUGUAGCUCUUGCUGCUCACAAUAUAUCGUUCCUUAAACAGCCUGGAAUACGUUAUUUGAACUGCUUCGCUGGAGUGCAUGAUGGUUAUGCACGAUAAUGAUGAUAAUAGCAAUGUUUCUCCAUACAAGUGCUUGAAGAAUGCAUGUCAAAUCUGGAUGAGAUACCCCGGGGUUUAACGAAAGAGCAGAGGUCGGUUAAAUGGGUAGUCGGGAAAUCGAUCAAGCAGUCGCCUGCGUCAUGUUGCAUGAAACUGAAGUGAUAUGAUGAUUCUAUAAUAAGGCGUGUAGUUGACAGUGUGCCGCAACGGUGUUUAUGGACGAUCAGGGAGACAAACAGGAAAUCUUUAAUAACAAGCCGAAAUAUAAGAACAAAGAUGAGCCUUUGGAUAUAGAUAGGAUAGGCUGGAAGAAUGUCUGUACAUAUGAUUGUAAUAUAUAUAUAUAUAUAUAUACAUAUAUCCGGUACGAUUAGCGAGACAACAUAAAAAAACGGGGGAGAGAGAGAGAGAAAAUAGAAAAGUCGAUACGGCACACAAAAUAGGAAAGAGCCUGCUCGCACGAAAGGAAAUAGUAUCAUGAUGCUAGUACUUUUUAGAAAACCGAAAAAAUCAGUUGACGAAAGCACCAAAAGCAAUCUACAGAUGAUAGCUUCACAUUGACGAUAACAACAAAAAUAUAGAAGAGGAAGUGUCUGUGUUUUAAUAAUACUAGCUAAAAAUAAACUACUGGAUACGUAGAUAAGGGAGAGGAGAGAAAAACAGUGAUGACCGAGAUAAAGACACAGUACUGCGCGCAUAUAAUAAAUAUAUGAUUGAAUAAAUGACGAUAACAGCGUCAACGGGAUCCUCGAGGACGGGCUUGUAGGGGGUACUGCGGUAUGAGACAGAAAAAGAGGUACAUAUAUAUAUAUAUAUGUAGGUUCGAAGCGCAAUGAGGGACUGAAGAUAAAAGACAGGGAAAUAUGAACGACGACGAUAGACCUAAGAUUCUCAUGAGUCAAAAAAGAAUCUGUGUCAAAAAAAGGUUAAGGAUGUUUCAUUUUAUUCACUUGAAUAGAAAAGCAAGAGCACUGCAGGACGACAUUGUAUGGUGUGUCUAGUGAUUGCCGAAAAACGGGUGGAUACUAAGUGGCAACACCAGUAACAAUAAUUGUGUAGUGGAGAUCAAGAUUCUUGUAAUUCUUAAUAUUAUUAUUAUUAUUGCAAUUAUACUUCUUUUAAUUAUUAUUAUUAUUAUGUGAAGAAACGACAAGACGAUUAAGUAUAGAAGGGGUAAAGAAGGAUAGAUGGGAUAACACGACGACAUACAAACAUGGACCGAGGCUUUCAAAAGAAGUGUGUCUGAUGCGCAACAACAAAGAGCCCGUCGGUUAUCAACAAAAACACAAACUCAAUGCAUCGUAUGCAAAGCAACAAAAAACAUAAAGCUAUUCAGAACAAAAAAAAAAAACUACUGAUGUCUUACUUUGCUUUCUUUUUACUCUAGCUUUGUUGUUGAGCUUCAUUAAAAGGGAUCUAUUCGUUGUCCGACAAAGCAACGCUUAUAAAAUUAUCUAGGUAAGUUAAUCAACAACAAGCUAUUUAUUUUCAUAGGUUUUGCUCUUGCCUUUUAAAGGCUUCCGUAUGAUAAGGACAACAGCAUGAGGUUAGGAGCUGCGUGAAAACAAAAUCUUUAAAGUUGAUAGCAUUGCAUGUCAUCUGUGAGCCGGCCUAGAUUACGUCGUCUUACUUUUAUCAGCUAAUAAUUUAAUAGACUCGAUGAGGUAGCAACGUAUCGAUAGUUUGUAAUUUGAAAAUGGCACAUAUCUAGGUCUAACGUUGAUUUUCUUCAUGGCUGUCAUAGGGUUUUGCAGUAGCUGUGA